UUUUCGCGCUUAAACCAGAAAACAAGCUGAAUUUUCUCAUUUCGAUUUAGGGUUCAUUCACAUGGCGGAAGCAAAUAGUUUCACUCUCUCUUCUUCCUUCCUCAAACAAGUUUACUUGUAUGAUUGGUGGUUGAUUAAAGUUGAAAUUGGUGAUGGAAGCAAGCGAUUGGGUAUUGGAGGUUUCACUGCAAAAGAGAAACCAGAUGGAAGAGUUUUCCACUCCACAACAAUUGCGAAGAGGCAAGAUACUGCCACUUUAGUGACAGUGGAUGGCACCACCAUUCUUCUUAGCGGUUUCAUUAAUAGGUGUCGAACUCUUCAAAAUGGCUUCUCAUCAGAGGUUUGCCAGCAGUUCCUUCUUGGAUUUCCAUACAACUGGGAAGAGUCUGCUGCUGUGUCAUUUGGAGAAUCAACCAAUGAAAAUGCAGCCUCUGUAAUUUCUGAUUUCUCAGAGUCAGCAAACACAUCAACUGAUUGCACAAGUAGUUCCUCUACAAUGUCUGUUGAUCAUCUUCCCGCCAAUGUUUUACGAGAUCUCUUAAUAUCGGGUGCUGGUGAUCCAGAAGGCGGCAUGCUAAGAAAGAGUAUUUUUAAUGAAAUAGUGCAGAAAUAUGGUAACAAUGCUUUUAACAUUGAUAAAGCUUCUUCUUUGAACCAAAAAAGUGGUAAUCAGGUCACACCCCAAAGUCCUUCUCUGAAUGGAAGUCCUAGUCAAAAGAAGAAAGCUAAAACAAUCCGGAAGCAAGAGGAUAGCUAUAUUCCAGAUGCAAAAUCUGGUAAAGAAGACUUGCCGGAAGCUACUCCAAAGGAUAUGCCAGAAAAGAGAUUUUUGGAUAGACUACUGCAUAGAAGUGGUGACGAUGUUCCUACCGCUGGUGAAAAUUCUUGUUUGAACCAAAAAAGUGGAAAUCAAGUCACAAGCAGGGGUCCUUCACUGGAUGAACCUCCUUCUAAAAAGAAGAAAACUGCAGCUAAUUUGAGGAAAGAAGAUGAUAACCAUGUGCCCGAUGCACAAUGUAGAAAAGAAGUGCUUCAGAAAUGUAAUGAUGAGAGUGGAACAGAUAUUGAUAAGAAUAGCUCAAGUAGCAGCCCUUUAAUAAGAGAUAAAGCUAGCUUAUAUAAGAAAACCAAAGUUCACCAGACACAAGAAGAAAAGAGAGCUGUGCACAAAGUAUCUGGACAGGGAGAUUUUGGGAUAGUAAACACCACUAACUCGAGUAAUGGUCCAUUGACAAGAAGCAGAGCUAAAAAGAAAUGGUUAAAAGAACAAGGUCAAGAAGGAAAUAGAUAUCUGUGAAGGUGUUAUGGGAGUUUUGUUGUGCAGAUAAGCUACCUGUGGAUAUUAAUCUGGAAAUUCCUCAAAUCAUAACGUUUAUGGAUUUGUCAUUAUGUUAUUGUAGUCCACAAGGGAGGUAAAUUUUGAAGGUUAUGUAUUUCUUGUUUUUAUUAUGGAUUACAUCACACCUCCUGAAUUUUGUGGGUAUCAAAUGGUUCAUGCCUGGGAGUACACAUGAUCUUUACCGAUGUUGAAGCAAGUAUGGACAAGACAAAGUAAGGAAUAGCUGGUGGAAAACUGUUCCUUGUUUCUGGUGUGUGGUUUGGUGAGAAAGGAACUCCAUGUGUUUUGAAGAGAAGCAUUACAGACGAUUAAGUUAGAUUGUCUUUUGUUGUUUCAUUUUUGGUGUAAACUGAAAUCUGCUAACGAGACAGAAACUCUAUUAGAGUUCAUAUAGUCCUUCUAAGUUUAGGAGAGGUCUUACUUUUCUUUUCUUUUUCUGCUCACAUGUACAAAAUUUACAGCACUCAAUUUGUGUUGUUUUGUGAAUACAAUUACAAUAAUCACCUUUCGAAAAAAGCAUUUCAGUUUUUUCCUUUUUGUGUUCCUCAUAAGUAGAUCAUGGUCGUGCUAAGCCAAGUGAUGUGAGGAAGAUUAGUCAGUUUCUUCAUGUGACAAGAUAAGUUGACAAGGUAGACAACACUAAAACGGAGGUAAAUCAAGUUGACACAAUUAACAAGUCAAAAAGACUCAAAACUACAUGGAAAGGACAAGAAAGUAUACUAUAUGUCAAAGCCAUCUUGAAGAAGCAAAAGUUUCAAAGUCUCCUCUACAAAUCUAUAUACUUGAUUUUCCUCGUCGUUGUCAAAAAGAGAAACUUGGGUUUAUUGCUCAUAAUCAAGAGCCAAACUCUAUGGAGAGUUAUGGUGUCAAAACUUCCAUG